UCUUUGCUUUCCCAGCACACAACGAUCCUGGAAAUAUCACACAUGAUUCCAAACCAGAGGGCCAGUCAAUAUUGGAGGAUUCUUCUCUCUCACUCUCUCUGUAGCGUGUGCAAUUUGACUACCAACCACGUCGGCACGACCGUCAUCCUCCGACCAUCUCUCUCUCUCUCUCUCUCUCUCUCACUCGCUUUGAUAUCAAGAUGAGCCUCCGCCUUCCUCUCCUAGCACCACCAAGAGUCUCUAGCUAUCUCUUCUCUCUCUUGGUGAGGCGACGCCGGAGAGAAGAAUGGGUCUGAUGGUGCUGACCCAAUUGGCGACGGGGCUGGGGGUGCUGGCCGGAGCGAUGCUGGUGAAGUCGGCUAUGGAGCAGGAGCCCAUGGCGGGAGGGGAGCGAAGGCCCCGCUGCCCCAGCUGCAACGGCACCGGCCGCAUGAGCUGCCUCUGCUCCCGCUGGUCCGACGACGACGUCGGUUGCAGGACGUGCGCCGGCUCGGCGCGGAUGCCGUGCAGCAGCUGCGGCGGCACCGGCACCGGCCGCCCCAUCCCCGUCACUCUCUCCGUUAGAAGCAGCAGUCGGUCCCCUUAACGAACGCUCUCCUACUCUCAGCAACCCUUUUCCUUUCUAAGGGAGGAAAGCACAAUUGCCUGCCAACGAAGUUGGUGCCAGUUUUAGGAUCUGAAUUCUGAAAGAAGAAGAAUAAGAAUUAAGAAGUAGUUGUAUAUUGAAAAGAAAAGAUUGAAUGGUACAAUUUAGUUGAUGCCUUUUUCUUUUGCUUUUUGCAAAGAAGAAGAACAAGAAGUAGUUGUAUAUUGAAAAGGAAAAGAUUGAAUGAUACAAUUUAGUUGAUGCA